GAAGGCAAAGAAAGGGGAUCCUUGAGGCUCACUGGUCAGGGGCCUAGGUCAAUCUGAAAGACCUGUCCCAGGGAAAGCGACUCUGUCUCACAAAACAAAGUAGAUGACAUCAGGGGUUGCUCUCUGGCCUCCAUACUCAUAGGUAUAUACACACACACACACACACACACACACACACACACACAGAGAGAGAGAGAGAGAGAGAGAGAGAGAGAGAGAGAGAGAGAGAGAGAGAGAGAGAAUAUGCUUUGGGACCCUCACAGAUCAGACUCCCCAAACUGAGAGUGUGUUGCUCUGGGGGGAAAUGAGUCAAAUGACAGCCCCCACCUCUAGUGCCCUACUCGGCAAAGACCCUCACGGGCCUCCCUGGAGCUUGUGCUGGACUCAUCUGCUACCUCAGAAUUAGGCCUGAGCUACUUGAUUACUACGUUCCGCAUAACACUAGGCAGAAAAGCCCUGAAUUUUAAUGGCAAGGCCAGUUUCAGUCCCAGGACACUCUCCUUCACUCGCCAAACAGGGUCACUCCAACAAGCGUGGCACACUGGCCUUUUGCGUUCAGCAAAGCGAGGCUGCAUUACCAUACCGUAUCCUUUCAGGGCACACCAAAGUUGUUCUGCUUUUGCAAGGCACCCAGUGAGCCAAGCUAUUUGCCGCGGGUAGGGCUGGGUCGGGGGUGGCUCGGUGGGAGGCGCAGCAGGCUGUCCACAUCUGGUUGUCCCUGAAACACCAAUAAAGGAGCCAGUUUCCGCGGCUCCUCUGUGGGAGAUUUGGGAACCUCUGGCCCAGGGGAGCGCUGGCCAGAGGGCUUUGUGACUGCAAAGGACGACGGACCAGCUGCUGGGGGCGGGGGGACCAAGUAGGUACCCCCAGAUCUUGUCGCGCGACCUGAGUGCCCUGACCCGCAGUGGUGUGGGUGCGGGUCCGCCAGCGCCCUCAAGUGCCCAGUGGGCGGGACGGAGGCGGUGACCAGGGGCGGAGCCUCGGGGCUGGGCGCGCGGGGGUCCCCGGCGAGGGAUCCGGAACCAGCGCGAACGCUGCUGCAGCCGGCAGCAUGGCUAGCACGGCCUUGGAAAUCAUCGCCUUCGUCGUCUCCAUCUCGGGCUGGGUGCUGGUGUCUUCCACACUACCCACCGACUACUGGAAGGUCUCCACCAUCGAUGGCACUGUCAUCACCACCGCCACUUAUUUUGCCAACCUGUGGAAGAUGUGCGUUACCGAUUCCACCGGUGUCGCCAACUGCAAGGACUUCCCCUCCAUGCUGGCGCUGGAUGGUUACAUCCAGGCGUGUAGAGGACUAAUGAUUGCCGCGGUCAGCCUGGGCUUCUUCGGUUCCAUUUUUGCACUCUUUGGAAUGAAGUGUACCAAAGUCGGAGGCUCGGAUAAAGCCAAAGCUAAGAUUGCUUGCUUGGCUGGGGUUGUAUUCAUAUUGUCAGGUCUGUGUUCCAUGACGGGCUGUUCCCUGUACGCGAACAAAAUCACAACGGAAUUCUUUGAUCCCCUCUUUAUGGAGCAAAAGUAUGAAUUGGGGGCUGCCCUCUUCAUCGGAUGGGCAGGAGCUUCUCUCUGCAUCAUUGGCGGUGUCAUAUUUUGCUUUUCAAUAUCCGACAACAACAAAACACCCAGAAUGGGCUACACGUACAAUGGACCCACGUCAGUCAUGUCUUCCCGGACCAAGUAUCAAGGCGGAGAAGGAGAUUUUAAAACCACAGGCCCUUCAAAACAGUUUGAUAAAAAUGCCUAUGUCUAAAGAGCUCUGGCAAGCCGCGUCUCGAGUUUGUUGCGCAAGAGAACUGUUCUCACAAUGGUCCUUCCAAGGCUCCCCUGUAAUUAUCACUUAAGCUGUUUUUUUUUUUUUAAAAUAUGAAUUUGAAGAAUGUUGAUUGGAUGUAAAUGUUCUUAUAGUUAUAUACUAAUCAUUUUUUUCUGUUGUGCCUUUCUAUAAGGGAAAUAAACAGGUUAUUUACA